UGGGGCCUGGCAGCCCAAGUGAAGUCUCGCUUGCUGCUUGCUGCGAGACUGGUGCGGCAUAUAAGGCCCUGGCAAGCCUGCGCAAUUCUAGGACAGGGAGAAGGGGAGAAUGCCUUGAUAGCCUACAUCGUGUAAAUUAUGUAUUUUUUGUAUAGUCAGGAUUGUGAUUGGAUUGUUAAUAUGUUUUGGUUCACGUGUGACAUACAUUCAUGCGAGGAUCGAUGUUGAAUUCUUUUCCCAUGCUCUCUCUGCCCUCAGCUCUCAACGGUAUUUCUCCUCACAUGGUUUCUCUUCCAUGGUGUAUCUCAUGUUGUUCCAUGAUAUUGACCCUUGAAUUUCAGUCAGACGAUUCACUGGGAAAUAUGCAAGGACUUUAUAAAACAGUUAUAUUUUCUCAACUUCCUCGUUCGAUACCCAGCUCGUUAUUCUCUCUUGAUUGUGUAUUGGAUUUCCGAAAUCUCUGUUUGGAGCUACAAUCAAAGCAACAAUCAGGAGAUUAAGAAACUAAAAACAGUAAUGCGCGAGGCUAAUCAGAAAAAAGAAAAGAGCCAGAGGCAUCAUUGGCA